AUUCUCACCCCAGGCAGCUCCAUGUCUGGAGUCCAAGAGCAUGGGUGGACCUGGAAUUUACUGCGUAUCAUGGGAGGCCGAGACGCCAAGCUGGGAAAAUGGCCGUGGCAGGUGAGCCUGAGAUACUCAGGAAGACACAUCUGUGGUGGCUCCCUCAUCAAUCGGGAUUGGGUGCUGACUGCUGCUCACUGCUUCAAACGCUCAUCAGCCCCCUCAGACUACCAGAUUCAUGCAGGGGUGCUGAGACUCCAGGAAACAAGUCUCUCAAGGCCGAUCGCUGUGAAGCAGAUCGCCAUUCACCAAAGCUACAGGGGAAAGGCUUGGCGCGGGGGGGACAUCGCACUGGUCAAGCUGAACUUCACAGCAAAGCUCUCCAAAUCCAUCAACACAAUCACGCUGCCCAACCCCCGGUGGCAGGUGCCCAUGGGGACUACGUGCUGGGUGACAGGAUGGGGGGAAAGCGAGGAGAGAGUGUCACUGGAUAAUCCCCAAAUCCUCCAGGAGUUGCAGGUUCCCAUACUGGACCCGCAAAUUUGCCAGAGCAUAUACAACAGGAAAGACAAGCAUUUCCAGGACAACAUGAUCUGUGCUGGCUAUGAAAAGGAGAAGAAAGGUAUCUGCCCGGGAGACUCAGGGGGCCCCCUGGCCUGCAGGAUCAACAGAGUCUGGACCGUGGUCGGCGUGGUGAGCUGGGGAGCAGACUGUGCCGAGUUCCAUUUCCCAGGAGUUUACACCAAAGUCUCGAACUACACAGAGUGGAUCCGUCAGAAGACUGGCACCCCGCGAGUGGCAGUGAUGGCAGGAAGCAGGAAGAGAGGGCGUGCCUUCCCCUCUCUGGUAGUCACCCCUUGCCACCGCACCAUCCCUGAAUCCAGCUGGAUCCUGCUCCUUCAGGAGGGGCUGCAAAUCAAAGAGGAGCGGCCUGAGGGCAAGACGCACAGAGGAAGCCUUGCGGUGACGACUUUGUGCAGACUCUGUUUCCCUCCCUCGGCCCCCCAGGGGUCCCAUCCCCCAACCCCCUUCUCACUUACCCCCUCUUGCCUCCCGGUCCUGCGCCUGACGAUGCCGUCGCUGCUGCUGCUGCUGGUCCUGGGACUCUCGGCUGCAGGGGACCAAGGGAGCGGCUCAUACAGGGACUUGGUGGGCAUCGUCGGGGGCAAGAAUGCCAAGGAGGCAAAGUGGCCGUGGCAGGUGAGCCUGCGACGCCGUGGGAGGCACAUCUGCGGAGGUUCCCUCAUCGCCCCGAGCUGGAUAUUGACCGCUGCCCACUGCUUUAAUCCAGCAGAUAAACCCUUCAAACCCCGCAAUGCCUCACGCUACCAAGUUCAAGUGGGGGAACUGAAGCUCUAUUCCCUGCCUCCCUCCAAGCUGAUCCCCGUGAAACGGAUCAUCGUGCACGAGCGCUACAAUGGCUACGCCCAACAUGGUGCCGACAUCGCGCUGCUGGAACUGGGCUACUCAGCGGUCCCGUCCAAAGAGGUCAAAGCCAUCCAACUUCCCUCCCCCGGGCCGCCGGUCCAGUUGUUGACCAAGUGCUCAGUGACUGGCUGGGGGAACAUCAGGCGGGGAGUGCCACUGCCUCCUCCAUACACCCUGCAGGAGUUCACGGUUACCAUAUUUAACACUGAGGUGUGCAGACAUAACUAUCAAGAAAUAACAUACAAAAUUCGAGAUGACAUGUUCUGUGCCGGCGAUAAGAAGGAAAAGAAGGGCUUCUGUUAUGGUGACUCCGGGGGACCCCUGGCCUGCGAAGUGAAAGGCAGCUGGACCUUGGUGGGGAUAGUGAGCUGGGGAAUGCCCUGUGUACUGCCCCAUUUUUCAGGCGUCUAUACCAAUGUCUCUGUCUACACGGAAUGGAUCCAUCAGAAGAUGCGCUGAUAUCCGAGGACACCCACACCCCACGUCCCUGCCUGCACAUCCUCAUGGCUCCGAUAUUGCUGAUGCUGCCACCUUCAUGUCUCCUGGGGACACUGGGGCUUGACCUUUACCCUCCCCCAACUAUUGAGCACCCACUGCUUCAUGUGACCUUCCUGCAGCCUCCAGACCCUUCCUCCUUCCCUCCUCCUCAGCCUCCGCUGCUUCCCAGUCCUGGGCUUUUCCCUCCAAAUCCUCUUCUCCAUCUCUCUUCCCUGACACCUCCCUGAUUCCCCCUCCCUGGCCCCUCAGGCCACUUUCCCCUUGGGUGAACAGGCACUUAAGAACAGAAGGGGCUGGACACUGGUUGGUUUUUCUGGACCCCACCAUCUGUUUAAAAGCCAAGCAGCCAGAGAGGCCAGGGGAGUUAUCCAAGCUGACGUCCCAUCUCUGCUCUGACAUGGGUUCUGCCCUGGGACACUUCUGGGUUACCUCCUAAGCCAACAUUCAGAGGGUUUGUACUGUGCCAGGGAGUGGAUGAGGUGAUGGGCAGUAGGGGACUGGGGGCCAGGAGAGCCAUCUGCCACUCAUUAAACUGCUUGAA